GAAAUCGCACAAGUAAUUUCCUCUCAUUUCGCCUCCUUUCUCUCUCUCAUUCAUCUGCAAUUUUUUCCCCUUCCCAUGGCUUCUUCACCCAACACUAUCCCUUUUUAUAAAAUUUGAUUAUGUUUCCAUGAUUUCAUGUGUGUGGCAUGAAAUAUUUAGAUGCAUGCCCACACCAAUAGUAUAUUUUAAAUCAAUUUUCUAUAAGCUUUGAAGCAUAUCUCAAUAUAUCCUUGUAAACUUUUCAUGAUGAUUAUUGGAGGUUUAAAGUGAAAAAGAACUAGGAUCUACCUAAUCGAUGCAAUUUUUGUCCGUUGAUUUUUGUCUUGAUCGGUUUGCAUACCAUUUUUUCCGAUGGAAUGGCAGAUCCAGCUAGUUAUAGGAGGAAUCAUGAAAUUGAUAUUGAACAAGUUAGUUUCAUCAAAGGUUUCUUAUAUACUGGUUUUCUUCAGAUGACAUUUGCUACCAAAAACGGAAUAUCUUUCAUUUUCACUUGUUUAUAGUACCAGAGUAUGGUUGCUUGAUUUGGGACAGUUUGUCACAGGUACUUCUUUACAAGUCUACGUUUGUCCUUAUUCAUAAUGGUCAUCCUUUAGAUGCAACACUACAGUUAGCUUCAGGCAUUGUUCCUGGUAAGCUUAGAUGUGGGGUUAGAACUUACAAAUAUGCAACCAAGGGCAAGUACUGGAGAUGGUUUCCGUUUUAGCGCAUCUAGUACGCCUAGCAAUUCAAGUGGAGGAUCUGAAGGAGAUGACUUAGAGUCACCAGGUGAUGUUUACAUAUGGGGAGAGGUUUUUGCAGAUGGGGUUUCUUCUAAGACCAAUGUGUUGAUCCCGAAGCUUUUAGAGACAAAUCUUGUUCUUGAUGUUCGUCAUAUUGAAUCUGGUGCGCGCCACCUUGCUAUAGUUAACAAGAAAGGAGAGGUUUUCACUUGGGGAGAAGAAUCUGGGGGAAGACUUGGUCAUGGUAUUGAUAACGAUUUUGGCAAGCCUCGUCUAGUUGAGUUUCUUGCAGAUACUAUGUUGAAUAUUGUUGCCUGUGGGGAGUUUCAUACAUGUGCUGUGUCUAAAUAUGAUGAUUUCUUCACCUGGGGUGAUGGUAUACAUAAUGUUGGACUUCUUGGCCAUGGUACUGAGGCUAGUCACUGGAUACCAAAGAGUGUCAAUGGUGCUUUAGAUGGACUUCAAGUUGUAUCUGUUGCCUGUGGCACAUGGCAUUCAGCAUUGGCAACCUCAAAUGGAAAAUUGUUUACCUUUGGUGAUGGAACAUUUGGUGUUUUAGGCCAUGGUGAUGAAGAGAGUGUAUGGUAUCCAAAGGAAGUACAAUUAUUAAGUGGACUGAAGACUAUUAAGGUUGCUUGUGGUGUAUGGCACACUGCAGCUAUUAUUGAAGUUGUUUUUCAAUCUGGUUCAAAUGUUUCAUCAUGGAAACUCUUCACAUGGGGCGAUGGUGACAAACAUCGUUUAGGCCACGGAAACAAGGAAAACUACCUGCAACCGACCCGUGUCUCCCCCCUUAUUGAAUAUAAUUUCCAACAGAUAGCAUGUGGGCACACCAUGACUGUUGCUCUCACUACAUCUGGUCAUGUCUUUACAAUGGGAAGCACUGAAAAUGGUCAAUUAGGAAAUCCAAAUUCUGCUGGAAAAGUACCUACUCUAGUCCAAGAUAAGUUGCUUGGUGAAUUUGUUGAGGAAAUAUCAUGUGGAUCACAUCAUAUUGCGGUUUUGACAUCUAGAAGUGAACUAUAUACAUGGGGAAAAGGUUCUAAUGGAAGACUAGGACAUGGUGAUAUAGAUCAUAGAAAAUCUCCUACACUAGUUGUAGCCUUAAAAGAUAGGCAUGUAAAACAUAUCUCAUGUGGCUCAAACUUUACAUCUUGUAUAUGUAUCCAUAAAUGGGUCAAUGGAACUGAUCAAUCAGUUUGCUUUGGUUGUAGACAAGCAUUUGGUUUAACAAGAAAAAGACAUAAUUGUUAUAAUUGCGGAUUGAUUUUUUGCCAUAAUUGUAGUUCUAAAAAGGCAAUCAAAGCUGCAAUGGCUCCAACAUCAGAAAAACCUCAUCGUGUUUGUGAUAUUUGUUAUACGAAGCUUAAAGUUGUUGACACCAAUGAUCCUUCCAAGUUUAAUGGAAAAGCUACUCCUACUCCUUCGCCUUCUCAUUGUUACACAACUAGCAGAGAAAGAUUAGACCAGGGUACUUUAAGGUCUACAAAAACUCUCUUCUCUUCCAUUACUGAACCAAUGAAAUACCUUGAAAUAAGGAAUAAUAAGACUGGAACCCAAUAUGAUUCUACUUCUUUUGUCAGAGCUUCUUUAGUUCCAUCUCUUUUGCAAUUAAAAGAUAUUGCAUUUCCAAGUUCACUGAGUUCGACUCAAAGUAUUUUAAAACCUACUACACCUCCUAGUUCAUCACAAAGUACCACAUGCCCAUACAAAUAUUUAUCAAGCCCUCCAACACCUCCUGCCGGUCCAAGAAUUUCUGGUGGUCUUUUCAAUAGUUUGAGAAGGUUAACUGAUGUUUUGAACCAACGGAUCUUAGAUUUACAAAGCCAAAUUCGAUGUUUGGAGCAGAUAAAUGAAGUGAAAGAUGUGAAAAUUAAUAAGCUUCAGAAAAAGGCUACUGAAGCUAUUGCUUUGGCUGCAGUGGAAUCUUCACAUCAUAGAGAAGCAAAAGAAGUUAUUGAAUCUACUAAUCAUAAGUUGAAGGACAUAAUUGAGAAGCUACCAAAAGAAAUUCCAGAAAGCAAUAUAUUGAGUGCUAUACAAACUAAAGCUGAAGAUUUUCUAAAAGAAGUUUCAGAAUCUGAAACAUCAGAGUUGGAGUCCAAGCAACAAAAUGUACAAGACAUGUCUGCAACAGAUAUCAGACUAGUAGAAAAUGCCGACCUUGUAGAAAAUAUCAUUAAUGACUCAUCUAAUCUGGAAAAUAUCAGACUAGUAGAAAAUGCCGACCUUGUAGAAGUUGACUCUGGUCUAGAUGGAUCGAAGUUAGAGUCUUUGCAACAGAAUUCACUUGAUAUAAAUUCCUCAAAUAGUGGCACGUUUGAACUGCAAGAUCAUAAACUAGAACAAAAUUCUGACGUUCAAGGAAUUGAGCAUAGUCAAAAUGGAGAAAAUUUCUGGGAAGAAAUUAAUAAACCAAUGUUGGAGUCAGAGCAACAUAAUUCUCCUGAUAUAUCUACCUCAGAUGGUGAUACUUCUAAACUGCAAGAACACAUAGAUGAAAAAAUUGAUGAGAUUAAUGAAGGAGUUGAAAAAUCUGAGGCUGGAAUAAAUGUUCUUCAAGAAAGUAAUGGAUCAUCUGUAUCUAGUGUUGGAGAAGUGAUGUCCCGUCAAAACUUAGAAAAUGAUUCAAGAUCACUUGACACAUCAAGAUCUGGGAGAUUACAAGAAACACAGGUCAUUGAAAAAUUUGAGCCUGGUGUUUAUGUGAUACUCAUGCUACGAGUUGAUGGAAUCAAAAUUUUUAAACGAGUUAAAUUCAGUAAGCGAAGGUUUACUGAGAAUCAAGCAGAAGAAUGGUGGAGCCAAAAUAAAAUUCGGGUUCUUAGAAAAUAUCUCCAACACAUCAAAACUGGAUCUUCUAACAUUACACAACAUAUUAAAGAAAAUGUUGAGUCGUCACCUUCCUAAACUUAAAUAUAUUUUGCCUGUAGGCAUUACCUUAGUUUUGAUGAAAUGAUUUCACAUUUAGAAUGAUCAUCAAUCAAGUGGAAAGAAAGGAAGCUUUAAUUUAGGAUUUGUAGUCAACCAUGUAUUCAAUGAGGAUAGGAAUUGUAGUCAUAUAGAAGAACUACUUGAGUAUAUGUAGCAAAGUUAGUCUAUCCAAUAAAAAAAUGUAGGAAAGUUAGCAUUUUACUUUGA